UACGGAGCGCCAGCCACUGUCAUGCAGUCAGCUGACUCGACGCCAUUUUGUCAGCCAUUUCCUAGCCGGAUCAGCACUUAGCAUUUCUUAAGCUACAGUCAGGACCACCCAACCAGCCUCUUCUUGUCAACGGGCCUGGAUUUUAAAACGGUGCCUCCGGCGAGGACGCCGUCCGUGUAGGUUAGACUGUCGAGCGGGGCCGGCGUGCUCCUGAGAAACCCCAGCUUGCCUCUCCAUCCCGCAGGACAGCAGUGACUAGAUAGACGCCUGCAGCCAUGGCUCUGAAAAUAGUUAAAGGGAGCAUCGAUCGGAUGUUCGAUAAAAACCUCCAGGACCUAGUACGUGGCAUAAGAAACCACAAAGAAGAUGAGGCAAAGUACAUCUCCACCUGCAUCGAUGAGAUCAAGCAGGAGCUCAAGCAGGACAACAUCGCUGUCAAGGCCAACGCUGUGUGCAAGCUCACCUACUUGCAGAUGCUGGGAUACGACGUGAGCUGGGCUGCGUUCAACAUCGUGGAGGUGAUGAGCUCCUCCAAGUUCACGUACAAGAGGAUCGGUUACCUAGCAGCCUCCCAGUGUUUUCACGAAGGCACCGAUGUCAUCAUGCUGACCACCAAUCAGAUUCGCAAGGAUCUCAGCAGUCCUAACCAGUACGAUACCGGUGUGGCUCUGACUGGCCUAUCCUGUUUUGUGACCCCUGACCUUGCACGGGACCUGGCCAAUGACAUCAUGACCCUGAUGUCCCACACCAAGCCGUACAUUCGGAAGAAGGCCGUGCUCAUCAUGUACAAGGUGUUCCUCAAAUACCCAGAAUCCCUGCGCCCCGCCUUCCCCCGGCUCAAAGAGAAGCUGGAGGACCCCGACCCCGGAGUGCAGUCGGCAGCGGUGAAUGUCAUCUGUGAGCUCGCCCGGAGGAAUCCCAAAAACUACCUUUCCCUGGCACCCCUCUUCUUCAAGCUGAUGACCUCAUCCACCAACAACUGGGUCCUCAUCAAAAUUAUCAAGCUGUUCGGUGCUCUCACGCCCCUCGAGCCUCGUUUGGGGAAGAAGCUGAUUGAACCGCUAACGAACCUCAUCCACAGUACCUCUGCCAUGUCCCUGCUCUAUGAAUGUGUCAACACUGUCAUUGCAGUGCUGAUCUCCCUCUCCUCGGGGAUGCCCAAUCACAGCGCCAGCAUCCAGCUGUGUGUGCAGAAGCUGCGUAUCCUGAUCGAAGACUCGGACCAGAACUUGAAGUACCUGGGCCUGUUGGCCAUGUCGAAGAUCCUGAAGACCCACCCCAAGUCUGUGCAGUCCCACAAGGAUCUCAUUCUGCAGUGCCUGGACGAUAAGGACGAGUCCAUCCGCCUGAGGGCUCUGGACCUGCUCUACGGCAUGGUGUCCAAAAAGAACCUGAUGGAGAUCGUGAAGAAGCUGAUGCUGCAUGUGGACAAGGCCGAGGGGACCACGUACCGCGACGAGCUGCUCACCAAGAUCAUCGACAUCUGCAGCCAGAGCAACUACCAGUACAUCACCAACUUUGAGUGGUACAUCAGUAUCCUGGUGGAGCUGACCCGGCUGGAGGGCACGAGGCACGGCCACCUCAUCGCCUCCCAGAUGCUGGACGUGUCGAUCCGCGUCAAGGCCAUCCGCAGCUUCGCCGUGGCUCAGAUGGCCACGCUGCUGGACAACGCCCACCUGCUGACCGGCAACACGCAGCGCAACGGCAUCUGUGAGGUCCUGUACGCCGCGGCCUGGAUCUGCGGAGAGUUCUCAGAGCACCUGGACGACCCCGCCCAGACCCUGGAGGCCAUGCUGAGGCCUAAAGUGGCCACCCUGCCCGGGCACAUCCAGGCCGUCUACGUGCAGAACGCCGCCAAGCUGUUCUCCACGGUGUUGCGUGGCCCGGAGGGGGCGCCAGACAGCCAGACGGCACAGGAGACCACGCAGCUGCUCGUCGACAGACUGCCGCUGUUUGUGCAGAGUGCCAACCUGGAGGUGCAGGAGAGGGCCUCCUGUAUCCUGCAGCUGGUGAAGUACGUGCAGAAGCUGCAGCAGAAGGAGGUGGAGGUGGCGGAGGAGGUGACUGCUCUGUUUGCUGGGGAGCUCAACCCCGUGGCCCCUAAAGCACAGAAGAAAGUGCCCAUCCCCGAGGGUCUGGACCUGGACGCCUGGAUCAACGUGCCCCCGUCGGAGAGCGAGUCUGAGGACGAGAAGCCCAGGGCCGUGUUCGCGGAGGAGGAGACCCGCCACACCCGCGCCCGCCACCCCGAAGCGGACGAGAAGGAGCUGGCCCGGCGGAGAGAAGUCAGGAAGCAGGAACAGGCCAAUAACCCCUUCUACAUCAAGGCCUCUCCGUCAUCUCAGAAGGUGUAUCAGGAGGCUCCAGGUGUGGAGCACAUUCCAGUGGUGCAGAUCGACCUCAGCGUGCCUCUCAAAGUCCCUGGGAUGCCCAUGUCUGACCAGUACGUGAAGCUGGAGGAGGAGCGACGGCAGAAGGAGAGGGCGGAGAAGAAGAAGAAGGAGAAGAAGAAGAAGAGGGAGAGGCGCAGCAGGGGCAGGAGGGGCGACUCGGGCCCGGAGAGCGAGGAGGACAUCACUCCCGCCCACAUGGUGGACAUCGUUACCGAGGAGAUGCCCGAGAAUGCCUUGCCCAGCGACGAUGAUGACAAGGACCCCAAUGACCCCCACAAAGCCCUGGAUAUCGACUUGGACAAGCCCCUGGCGGACAGCGAGAAGCUCCCGGUCAGGACCCACCGGCCCCCGGAUGUCCUAAAAAGCCCUGGAGAAGAGGGCGAGGGGGCCCCUCUGGAACCAAAGAAGAAGAGCAAGAAGGAGAAGGAGAAGAAGAAGGACAAAGAGAGGAAGAAGAGCAAGGAGGAGAAGAAGAAGAAGAGGCACAGGCACGAGAAGGAGGAGGAGCCAGCUGACGCCCUGCCCGAUGAACCGGUCCAAUCGGUGGAGAUCAAUGAAGUGGAAGCCCCGCCCGCCACCACUCCUGCUGAGGCUUCGGACCUGGAUUUCUGGCUGUCCAGUGCCCCUGUGCCCCCUAGCAACCAGGAGGCACCGAAAGCAGAGCCCGCUCCCGCAGCAGAACCCAGCUCCGCCUCGGAACCGGGCUCGGCCCCCGAACCGGCCCCGACCUCCGACCCCGACCCCGACGAGCCCAAAGACGCACAGCCGGAGGACGCGAAGUCCUCCAAGCACAAGAAGAAGAAGCAGAAGAAGGAAAAGGAGGAGAAGGAGAAGAAGAAAAGGAAGAAGCACCACCAUCACCAUCACCACAGCGAUGGGGGCGGAGACGAGUCUGUGCAGAAUGGCACAGUGGAGGAAGAGGAGCCACUGCCACCCAUGUCCAACUACUGUCUGCUGGCCGAGAACGCUUACAUCAAGAUGCUGUGCGACAUCCAGGGGAACCUGCAAGAUGGCAGUCAGGGUGUGUCGGUCAUCUUCGAGAACAAGAGCGACAGCUUCCUGAAGUCCAUGGAGUUCAACGUGCUGGACUCGCUCAACUCCAAGCUGCAGAGGCCGGAGGGGGCGGGGCCUCACGACGGCCUCGCCGUGCCCUUCCAGCUGCCUCCAGGGGUCUCAAACGAGGCACGCUACGUCUUCUCCGUGCAGAGCAUCGUCAUGCCACAGAAGUUGAAGGGAACUCUCACUUUCAUCAUCAAGACUGAGGACUCGUCCACUCAUGAGAAACUGGACUUUAAACUGCACUUUACCUGCACGUCGUACCUAAUCACCACUCCCUGUUACAGUGACGCGUACGGCAAGCUCCUGGAGUCCGGAGACAUGAAGGGGAGCUCCGUACGGCUGGAGGGGAUCAGCAUGCCCUUCCACCACCUGCUCGCCCGGGUCUGCUUCCACCACCACUUCUCUGUGGUGGAGCGGGUGGAUUCCUGUGCCAGUAUGUACAGUAGGUCGGUCCAGGGUCACCACGUCUGUCUGCUUGUCAAAGUGACGGAUCAGACCGUGCUGAUCGACGCCAAGUGUGACGAGUCGUCUCUGCUGGGGAACGUUCUGGACGAGAUCAAGCAGACCUUCUCCCAAUGCUGAUGGGCUCUGUCUGCCUCGAGUGCCCACCCCCCACCCCCACCCCCCUCUCUCUCUCUCUCGCUCACACACACACACACACACACACACACACACCCACACAUAUAUAUACACCCACACACACACAAACAUACACACACAUACACACACAUGCACACACAUAUAUAUACACCCACACACACACACGUAAACACACACACAUAUAUAUAUACACACUUACGCACAUGCACACGCAUAUACACACACACACAUAUACACACACACACGCACACACUCUUGCAUACACACACAUACAAACUCUCACAUACACAAUCGCAUGCACACACACACACACACACACACACACACACACACAGUGCGUAUAAAUGAAGAAUGAGACCGGUACGCCCCCCCCCAGCCCUGAUUUUCUUUUCCUUCACUCUGAUUCCUUGCUUCCUCUGAAGACCGCCCGCUGUCUCCACUCUGUCUCCAGUCUCUUUCACUCGCUCUCACUCACUGCUCAUAUUUACUGUAACUGCCUCAUCGUUUGCACAUGCAUUUUUCUCUCCAACUUUCGAUUUAAUUUCAAUUUUUCUUUCCUACAUUCAUUUUCUGUCUCAAAUUCCAAUUGUGUCCAUUGUGAUUUCACCGCCCCUCCCCCUCCGAAUCGUAUGUGCUGUAUUUCUGUUAUUUCUGUAACCCCUGUUUUUAUAACCACUUCUCCAGCUUAGCGUGUCGUUAUUUAAACCCAGUCCGAAUGAAA